UAUAUGUUAAAAAAAAAAAAAAAUUAAAUAUUUCGAUUUGCUUGGGUGGAUUGACAACAAUUUUACCGUGCGGAUCGUAAUAUCAACAAUUGAUAACGCAUUCUCGCUCGCCAUGUGAAGCGCUGAAUUUAAAACACGUGUGUCGUUUGUUUACUAUCUCUUCAACUUUUGAGCCGUCGACAUGGCUCCGAAAAGUUUUACGAAAAAAAAAUUACAGAUCAAGAAAACGAAACCAACAAGAAAAACUGCAAAGAUGGUUACCAAACCAAUUGAAGUGGAUAAUACUAGUAAUGAUGAUACCGAUGGAUCAUUGGAUGCCCUUGAAUUUAACAGUGAAUCUGACCAUAAUGCAAGUUUAAGUGAGGAUGAUGAUAGUAAAGUGUAUGACAGUGAUGAUUUGGAUCAAGAUGUAGAGAAAUUAAAAACUUCUGACCCAGAAUUCUACAAAUAUUUGAAAGAAUGUGAUAAAAAUUUAGAGAAAAUGGCACAGUCAAAUGAUAAUGAUAAUGUUAGUGGUAGUAAUGAGGAUGAUGAUGAUGAUUAUGAUGAAGAUGAUGUAGAAGGUAUAAAAUCAGAAAAGUUACAUAAGCCCCCUGUAAACCUUGAAAUCGGUAGUGAUGAAAGUGAUUUUGAUGAAGCACCAAAUAAUGAAGGAGAUGUUACUGUUAUUACAUUAUCUAUGAUAGAGGGCUGGAGAAAUAAACUUCAAAAUUCGAAACAAAAAUUAAAAUAUAUUACUACAGCAACUAAAGCAAUGACUGCUGCACUUCAACGAAUAAUUGUUGGAGAAAUUAACAAACCUACACCUUAUAAAGUAGAAGGAAGUUCAGUAUUUAAUGGUGUGCUUCAAAUGUGUAUGUUUGAUUUGCAUCCUGCUAUUUUGAAGUUUUUAAAACUUCCUCCUGGUUCUUCAUCAAAAAUUAUGAUUUCUAAAUCAAAACACUGGAAUAAAGUGAAAAUGACUCUACGUUCAUACUUAACUGAUCUUACUAAAAUGUUAAAUAAUGUUUCCAGUGAAGAUAUUAUGUGUGUACUUUUAAAACAUUUCCACCAAAUGAUCCCAUUUUUAUCAUGUCUUCCAACAAUUGUGAAACCAGUUUUAAAAAGAUUGGUAGCAUUAUGGAGUGCUAAUGAAAGUGAAACCGUUAAAGUAGUUGCUUUCUUGUGUAUAUUAAAAUUGGCUAAUAGUGAUCCAUCAGUUUAUCUUGAAAUGGUUCUAAAGGUAAUGUAUGUUGGAUACAUUGCUAAUAGUAAAUUUAUCACUCCAAAUUCUUUACCUGGCAUCAACUUUAUGAGACAAUCAUUAACAGAGAUGUUUUCUAUUUGUGAACCAAUUUCAUAUAACCAUGCAUUUUUAUAUAUAAGACAAUUGGCUAUACAUCUUCGAUCAGCUGUAACUUUAAAGAAAAAAGAAAACAUUCAAUCUGUUUACAAUUGGCAAUAUAUAUCAUCAUUGAAAUUAUGGACUGAUGUUUUGUGUACAACAUUGAAUAAAAAGCAAUUACAAACUUUAGUUUAUCCUCUUAUUCAAAUAAUAGUUGGAUGUGCUAAACUUAUACCAACAGUACAAUAUUUGCCUUUGAGAUUUCAUUGUGUAUCUAUGUUGACUAAACUUAGUAAAGAAACGGGUAAAUUUAUACCUGUUUUACCACAUAUUUUAGAGGUAUUAAGUAUUGUAGAUUUUCAAAAGAAACACUCAAAAACCUCUAUGAAACCAAUGGACUUUACUUGUAUAUUACGUUUAUCUAAAUCACAAUUACAAGAAAAUGUAUUCAAAGAUGCUGUAAUUGAAAGUGUUCAUAGUGCUUUAAUGGAAUAUCUACUUGUAGAAGCACAUACUAUUAGUUUUCCUGAUUUAGUGGUACCAUUUAUAAUUAAAAUGAAAGAUUUUCUUAAAAAUUGUAAAAACAUAAAUUAUACUCGAAAAUUGCGUACUUUAUUGGAUAAAGUGAAAGAAACAUCUACCAUUAUAAGUGAAAAACGAGGAAAAAGUGGUAUUUUACUUUAUGACCUGAAAGCUGUUCAAGCAUGGGAAGCUAACAUCAAGUUGGCUGGCACACCAAUGUCUCAGUAUUAUGAUAGUUGGUUCAAAUUAAAUCAGCAACAAGUUGCCAGAAAGAUAACAAAUAACAUUUCUCUUGGAGAAUUUAAUAUUCCUACAUUGAAAAAACAUAAACCCAAAGAAAACAAUGGUGAACCUGCUGAACUUUUCCCUUCAGAUGAUGAAGAAUAUGAGCCUAAUUUUGGAUCUUCAGAAGAAGAAUGUGUAGAUGAUGAUGUUACCAAUGAAGAUACUGAUAAAGACGAUGAAGAAGAUAACUGAAAAUUAAUUUAUUAUACUUGUGAAUAUACAUGGGUAUUAACAAAUAAACUCUUUAUUGGUA